UUUUUUUAGACGUAGCAAAUCAAUAAUGAUUAUAUCUGGAGCUGGAAUUUCUGUUAGUUGUGGAAUACCCGAUUUUCGUUCAGAAAAAGGAAUUUAUGCUCGAUUAAAAGAUGAUUUUCCUGAAUUGCCUGAUCCUCACUCAAUGUUUGAUAUUGACUUUUUUCGUCGUAAUCCUCGGCCAUUUUAUGCUUUUGCAAAGGAAAUCUUUCCUGGCCAAUUCCGUCCUUCCAUUUCUCACAAAUUCAUUAAAUUUUUGGAAGAAGAAGGGAAACUUUUGAGAAAUUAUACUCAAAAUAUUGAUACUUUGGAACGUUUAGCUGGAAUAAAUAAUUUGAUUGAAUGUCAUGGUUUCUAG